AUGGAGGCGGAGCCGAGGCCGGCGGCGGGGCCCGGCGGCGGGGCGACCCCCGGGCUGGAGGCAGCGCCGCCCUCUGCCCCGGCGGCGCCGGCGACCGUGGCCCCCGGUCCGACCCCCGGGUCCCGACCGGAGCCCAAGAGAAGGCAGCUGAGGACGCUGCUCCAGCCCACGGUCAACAAGUUCUCCCUCCGCGUGUUCGGCAGCCACAAAGCCGUGGAAAUCGAGCAGGAGCGGGUCAAGUCAGCGGGGGCCUGGAUCAUCCACCCCUACAGCGACUUCCGGUUUUACUGGGACCUAAUCAUGCUGCUGCUGAUGGUGGGGAACCUCAUUGUGCUGCCCGUGGGCAUCACCUUCUUCAAGGAGGAGAACUCCCCCCCCUGGAUCGUCUUUAACGUCCUCUCUGACACUUUCUUCUUGCUGGACCUGGCGCUCAACUUCCGAACGGGCAUCGUGGUGGAAGAGGGUGCGGAGAUCCUGCUGGCUCCUCGGGCCAUCCGCACACGCUACCUGCGCACCUGGUUCCUGGUGGACCUCAUCUCCUCCAUCCCCGUGGAUUACAUUUUCCUGGUGGUGGAGCUGGAGCCACGCCUGGACGCAGAGGUCUACAAGACGGCUCGGGCCCUGCGCAUCGUGCGCUUCACCAAGAUCCUCAGCCUGCUCAGGCUGCUCCGCCUCUCCCGCCUCAUCCGAUACAUCCACCAGUGGGAGGAGAUCUUCCACAUGACCUACGACCUGGCCAGUGCCGUGGUGCGCAUCUCCAACCUCAUCGGGAUGAUGCUGCUGCUGUGCCACUGGGACGGCUGCCUGCAGUUCCUGGUGCCCAUGCUGCAGGACUUUCCUGACGACUGCUGGGUCGCCAUCAACCACAUGGUGAACCACUCGUGGGGCCGCCAGUACUCCCACGCCCUGUUCAAGGCCAUGAGCCACAUGCUGUGCAUCGGCUACGGGCAGCAGGCACCCGUGGGCAUGCCCGACGUCUGGCUCACCAUGCUCAGCAUGAUCGUGGGCGCCACGUGCUACGCCAUGUUCAUCGGCCACGCCACUGCCCUCAUCCAGUCUCUCGACUCCUCCCGGCGCCAGUACCAGGAGAAGUACAAGCAGGUGGAGCAGUACAUGUCCUUCCACAAGCUGCCGGCCGACACGCGGCAGCGCAUCCACGAGUACUAUGAGCACCGCUACCAGGGCAAGAUGUUCGAUGAGGAGAGCAUCCUGGGCGAGCUGAGCGAGCCGCUGCGGGAGGAGAUCAUUAACUUCACCUGCCGGGGCCUGGUGGCCCACAUGCCGUUGUUCGCCCACGCUGACCCCAGCUUCGUCACUGCCGUGCUCACCAAGCUGCGCUUUGAGGUCUUCCAGCCGGGGGACCUCGUGGUGCGUGAGGGCUCCGUGGGCAGGAAGAUGUACUUCAUCCAGCACGGGCUGCUGAGUGUGCUGGCUCGAGGCGCCCGGGACACCCGCCUCACUGACGGAUCCUACUUUGGGGAGAUCUGCCUGCUGACCCGGGGCCGGCGCACAGCCAGCGUGCGUGCUGACACCUACUGCCGCCUCUACUCACUCAGCGUGGACCACUUCAACGCCGUGCUGGAGGAGUUCCCCAUGAUGCGCCGGGCCUUUGAGACUGUGGCCAUGGACCGGCUGCGCCGCAUCGGGAAGAAGAACUCCGUCCUGCGGCGGAAGCGCUCCGAGCCGAGCCCAGGCAGCAGCGGUGGCCUCCUGGAGCAGCACCUGGUGCAGCACGACAGGGACAUGGCACGGGGCGUGCGGGGCCUGGCCCCGGGCACGGGGGCUCGGCUCAGCGGGAAGCCAGUGCUGUGGGAGCCCCUGGUGCAUGCGCCCUUACAGGCAGCUGCGGUGACCUCCAGCGUGGCUAUCGCCCUGACUCACCAGCGGGGCCCUCUGCCCCUCUCACCUGACUCUCCAGUCGCCCUCCUUGCCCGCUCUGCUCGCCGCUCAGCAGGCUCCCCAGCGUCCCCUCUGGUGCCUAUCCGAGCCGCCCCUCUGCUGGUCCGGGGGCCAUGGGCAUCCACUUCCCGCCUGCCUGCCCCAGCUGCCCGAACCCUCCAUGCCAGCCUGUCCAGGGCUGGGCGCUCCCAAGUCUCCCUGCUGGGUCCCCCACCAGGAGGUGGCGGAAAACGGCUGGGACCUCGGGGCCGCCCACUCUCAGCCUCCCAGCCCUCCCUGCCACAGCGGGCAGCAGGGGACGGCUCUCCUGGGCGGAAGGGCUCAGGAAGUGAGCGCCUGCCUCCCUCAGGGCUCCUGGCCAAACCUCUAGGGACAGCCCAGCCCCCCAGGCCACCAGUGCCUGAGCCAGCUGCCCCUCGGGGCCCCCAGCUCUCUGCCAACAUGUGAGCCCCUUGGGCAUAGCUGCCCUUAGCCCUCGGAGGGGCAGAUGCCUCUUGGGAGGCUGAGGGGACCUGAACCACUGCCCUCUAGGAACGUCUUCCCAUCCAAGAAGUUGGUCUGUGUCCUGCAGGCCCUGCAGCCUGACACCCUCCGAUUCGGUCAUCUUCAUCACGUGGCCCAAGUGCCCGCCACCCGCCAGCCAUGGGGCCAGGCUCCAUAAUGGCCACUGCCAAGUAGAAGUGACUCCAAGCCCUUUUAGGUGGGGACGCCCUGGGGCCAUGGUCCUGCCGGGUGCAGUUCUGGCCUGUGAUCCCACCUUAUAAGCACAAGUACCUGCCGCCGCCACCGCUGCCAAGCCCUAGCCGUCUCUCGUCUCCACGUGCUGCUCACCCUGUCUGCGGCCUGGCAGCUUCUGUCUGGGCCAGCUACCUUCUCCCCAGCACUGCCUGGCAUUGCCAACUGGGCUUCCAUGGCUGCCAAGAGCAAAUGCCCUGGGUCCCCAGCCUGGACACCCACCUUUGCCCUCUCGCUACUGUCUGCAGACCCUCCCUGCCUCUCCUCUCAGUGGACACACACACACACACACACACACACACACACACACACACACACCCCGCCUGACAUGUUCCCUACAGUCUCUGUGGCAAAACCUCCUUGUUCUGUCCCAGACCCUCAAAGCCAGGGAUCACUGGCCCAGACGAAUUCAUAGCGGGCUAGCCUAGAUCCCCCCCAGGAGGGGGCAGGUGGCUGAACCCUUAGAUGACGGUUAAACCCCCUUCCUUCUGUCUGUAUUUAUUAUUCAAUCAACUUAUUUAUUUGUUUCUACCCUAUUGUUACAUGUUUUUUCAUUAGCUAAUUUUAU